AAUACAUGUGUAUGUCGGUCAUCGUGUUGGUCUGGAGCGCCACAGCCGCCGCUCCGCAUUACAGCACCCUCUCGUCGACACUCCCGCCCUCGACCCCUCCUCUUGCGCCCUCCUCCGACCGCAACGUCCAGUCCGCGCCUCCUCCUGCCUUCGCCUCGGCUCCUGGCGCCCGUUUCGAGUACGUCUGGAGUGAAGGCUUCCUCGGCGCAGGCGGUGACGUCGAGCCGGCCGCAGUCUUGCCGGUUCGCGAGGCGCUGGAGCGGUGUAGCGCCAAUUCAGCCUGCCGCGGCGUCUCGUUCCGAGGCUCCAACGCCACCAGCGGCUCCGUGCGCGCCUACUUCAAGAUUGGGGACGCCGUCAGCGGCUCGCCCGGCUGGUCGACCAUGCUGAAGUCCGCGCCAGUCACGCCUCCCGCGGCCACCCUGCCGGUCGGCGGCUCCUCGCGCCUCUCCCUCCGCCUUCGGCGAGACUACUUCUCGGUGCAGAACCUGUCCCGCACGGGCGAGGACUGGUCCUUCUCGCGCCCUCUGGACAGCAGCUCGACCCUGCCGCUGUGUGCCCAUCUCGGAGACCUCACCAUUCGCCUCCGAAGCGGCGGCGGAGGCGGUGACGGCGGCGGAGGCGGCGGAGGCGGCGGAGGAGGAGGAGGCGGAGGAGGAGGCGGAGGCGGAGGCGGAGGAGGAGGAGGCGCUACUCCUUGGCUGGCACUCUCCACCAUCGCCCUUGCCGCACCGGCCACACCGCUGGUUGCGGCGGCGGGGGCGCCGGCGCCGGGCGGCGGCACCGUGCUGGCGGCGCAAGAGGUGAGUGCUAUGCUCAAGGCUUCGGCGCCGGCCGACGCCCUCUCUCUCAACUCCGCCAACUCCGCCGCCGCCGCCGGCUUGCGGGUGGUGCGGUCGUACGAGCGGUCUGCGGACGGCGCGGCCCUCGUGCUGCGCUUCAACCUGACCAACGGCGGGCGGUCGCCGGUCGAGGUCGGCGCGGUCGGGCUUGCAAUGCCGGAGAGCCCCGGCCACCCUCCCGCCGGCAUCGAGUCGGCGACACUCCUUGUCACUCCCGCCGACCGCAUCAGCAGCCCGCUCGAGGCGUGGAGGCCGAUGAUGGAGGAUUUGGGCGGCGGAGACGCGUACGAGUGG